AUGAAAUCGAGAUUGUCGAAUUACCAACGAAAGCUCACGUUCUUCACGAUCCCUCAAAUUUUGGAAUGGACACCGGACGCACCGAUAGACCGGUCGAAAUUGCGGAUCCCGCAAAAUAUUAAAUUGGCAGAUCCAUAUUCCCAUCAGCCGGGAAAGGUCGACAUGCUAAUAAGCACCGGUCCAGCGUUGUCAUGCCUCAGCAUCGGCCAACACGAUCUCUCUGACCGGACGAACGGACGAGACUUGGUCCUCCAGAAGACGCAACUGGGUUGGAUCAUCGGAGGGAACGUCUCAACCGCGACCACACGCGCGGCUCAUAGAACGUUCUUCGCGAACUUGGAUCUCAAUCUUCAACGAUUCUGGGAAGUGGAGGAGGAACCACGCGAGCAACAUCCUUCAUCCGAAGAACGUGAGUGUGAGGACCAUUUCGUGAAAACAGUGCAACGUGACGAAUCCGGACGAUACAUGGUUGCGUUGCCAUUUAACGAAAAGAAGGACAAAUUAGGGGAAUCUCGGUCGCGAGCCCUGAAUCGUCUCGUCUCCCUCGAGCGAAAAUUGGAGCGCAACUCCGAUUUGAAAGAACAAUAUACCGCGGUAAUAGACGAAUACCUUGCGCUCGGACACAUGGCGCAGGUGGAGAAGUUCGACGCGCCUGGCUUCUACCUACCGCACCAUGCCGUUAUAAAACUUUCUAGCGCCACAACGAAGGUUCGGGUUGUUUUCGACGGUUCAGCGAAAUCUAGCAGCGGUAUAUCGUUAAACGACGCGUUAAUGACAGGCCCUACAAUACAAGACGAUCUGUUUUCGCUAUUGUUAAGAUUUCGAACUUACGCAUACGUAAUGACCGGGGACAUUGAGAAAAUGUAUCGCCAGUGCCUCGUUCGACCGGAGGAUCGCACAUAUCAGCGUAUUCUAUGGACAGACAAAAACGGCAACGUAAAAACGUACGAAUUAAACGUGGUCACGUUCGGACUCUCAUCGGCUACGUUUCUAGCUAUUCGAUGCGUACAUCAGCUCGCGGACGACGAACAACACGCGUAUCCGGAAGCAGCAGCCAUUUUGAAGCGAGAUAUGUACGUAGACGAUCUUCUUACGGGUGCUAACACAGUGCAAGAGGCGAGACACAUACAAACGCGAAUCAGCGAGCUGCUCAAGGGAGGAGGGCUCAAUAUUCGUCAGUGGGCCUCUAACGAACCUGACCUUCUCAAGGGACUCAGCGAAGACCAGAUCCAUCCGAAGAUCCUGGGUGACGCCGCCGUGAUGAAGACGUUAGGGCUAUGCUGGGACGCGAAAAACGACACCAUCCGGUACACGGUCGAAAUUCCAGUUAACGACAAGAUCAACAAGCGUACUAGCUAUUCGAUCCACUAG